GAUGCCAUUAGUCUGAGUGAUGGUCAAUAGGGUUACGGCUGGGUUACACGAAUACUGGCCCACGUACUGGAGCAAAGGAUGGCGUCUGCGACUCAUGCGCGCGGCCACGACGUGAUGAUCACGUUCGGAGAUUUCUCGCUAGAGGAAACGCAAAAGGCGUUGGAGGACGGUACGCACCUUCACUCUCUCCAUUGACUGAGAGAAGACCCGGUUAUGUAUGGAGUUUGUAGGACUCACUUGAGCCUCUCGCAGCUGCUGCAGACAUGAAGAACCCGCAGGAACAGGAGGCAAGUAAGGCCAAGGAGACUCCCAAGUCGUGGGCUGAGGCACUUGGAGCCCCCAAGACGCAGCCCACGACUGCAUGGGGUGGGACUGUCGCUCCCUGGGCCGCUGCAACUGGUGUCAAUGGAGCUGCGGAAACCAAAACAGUCAAGGAUCCGGCCAAACCACUGCCGUUUGAGGAGGCAAUUCAAAAUACACUUAAGAGUCUGGACGUGUCGGCACCAGCCAAGGAGAUGAAGAAACGGUGAGUGGAGAGAGCUGGAAGAAGUGGAACUGGAGCUAAUGGUAAAUGGUUUAUGCUGCUGCAGAGGCUUAGUGAACCAGGGCAAUACUUGCUUCCAGAACGUCAUUAUGCAGUCGGUGUUGGCUUGUCCGCCGUUCUUAAAUCUAUUGGCGGAGAUUUCGACGUCGAGUCCUCCUACAGCGGAAAUGCUGGCGAGUACGUCGACGUUCAAGGCGUGGCGUCAUAUGGUGGCGUUCGCACGAGAGUUUGAGGAGCCGACACUGGCACAAUUGCAGCUGCAGGCUGCUAAUGGCGAACGUAACCCCAACGAUAUGCAUGGGAAGACCCCGCAGGCGAUUCGAAUCAGUGGCUAUUUCAUGGACGUGCUGAGCGCCUUCCAGAAGAUGCGAGGUGAACAGGAAGACGCGCUCGAGUUCUUGGAGUUCGUUUUGGAGUAUCUGCAUACUGAGUACGAGAAGAGCGGCCUCGAGCUGCCUAGUUCAUGCGAAAGGCAGACAAAACGCAGAGCUCAAACCGUGAUUAAACAGGACGGAACUGAUGCGGCAUUCGAAAAUGCUCAAGCGUUUGACGACGGCUGGGCAGAAGUCGGCAAGAAGGGCAAGAGCAGCGUGUUGCGUCAGAACCCUGUUGAUACCACCAGAUCGCCGAUUAACUGGUUAUUCAAGGGAGCACUACGCUCUGAGCUCAAACAGAGCGGCAAGAGACAGAGCUCCAUUACCGUGGAGCCCUUCCACUGCUUACACUUGAACCUCGACUAUGAAGCGCAGGAUCCUUCGUUCGUUACAGGCGUGAACGGCUUAGCAAAGCCUCUUAGCGCUCCGAUUACGAUUGAAGACAUGAUCCGGAAGUCGUUUGCUGUUGAAGUGAUCGAAGAUGCCAACCAGAUCCCCACGAUGAAGAAGUUCACGACUGUCGAGUCGCUACCGGUAGUCUUGACUCUCAGUGUCAAGCGUUUUACGUACCAUCCGGAGCAGGGACCUGUGAAGCUGCAGCAGUUUGUCAAGUAUCCAUCAUUCCUGGAGUUCCCAACACAGUUCAUGUCGACUACCUGUCGCGCCGAGAAUGGAAUGGAUGUCCCCGGUGCUGCAGCUAUCAGUGGCGCUGGGUUUUCCACGCCUCCGAUGUACGAGCUAUUUGCUGUGGUAUCUCACUUAGGUAAAUUCGUUGUGGGUGGCCACUACACGUGCGUAUGUCGCGACAAUAAGGACCAAUGGUUCCGCUAUGACGACGAGCACGUGACGUCCAUCUCGGAGGCCACCGCACUCAGCGAGACCGCGUAUCUGCUGCUCUACAUCCGGACAAACAAGCGACCACCUCCUCCAGCACUGGCACCACCCUCUCCAGGUUCUUCGUUUAUCAAGACAAAAGGCUCUAGCGGAUCGAAACCGAAGCCUACGAACGGCAGUGUGAAGACUCAAGGUGGGAAAGUAUGGAAGCAACCUGCCGCCGCCCCAGCACCACCUCCAGCACCUCGACCCAUUCCAGGUAUGUCUCCGAAGAAACAGGCUGAGGCCACAAAACCGAAGUCGAAGAAACAAGGGAAGAGAAAAGCAUGAAAGAGUAGAUAGCAGUCAGGGUAGAGACUGAGGGUGUGUGGAUGACAAGCGAAUCCUUAGAUAUGUUGAAUUGCUUGGUCCCUUAUUACACCUUGAAGUACUAUCCGAUCUUACGUAUUCUGUCCCGUAUAGUAUAUACUUCGAAGUAAUAACGUUCUUAUUUAUGG